UGGUGGGAUGGGGUGGGGAAGAAGGUGAUGCUCACAAAAUGAUGGGUUCCAGGUGAGGAAGAUUCCCGGCUUCUCCCUCACGAAUGGUGUUUGCAUCCAGCCCUGUACCCACCCGUCCGUUCAUUCGCCAGACUGUCACUGGGUCCUGCUCUCUGCUUAACGCUGCCGAGGCCCUGGAGAUUAAACAGGGAGCUCCAGGUGGAGUGUAGCGCCCAGGGUGGGGCUAGACACAUCCUCGCUCGGCCUCACUGGGUGUGUACCCUUGGGCACAUCACUUACCCUCGUAUCAUCCGCUGAUAUUUACUGAGCACGGUUAUGCACCAGGCACUGGGGCUAGCAGUGAACGUGGCAGGCAAGUUGUCUGCCCUCAUGGGAUUUACAUUCUAGUGGGCAGUUUCCUCCUUUGUAAAAUAGGGACCGUAAUAGUGCUCUCACCAAAUACUGCGAAGAUUAAAUGAGAGACGGUUGUAAAGUGCUUAUCACGGUGCUUGAUACUUAGCAAAACGCUCAAGCACGUGUUAUCUCUUUUCACCAUUCCACCAUGAGUUAAACUUCAUAAGGCAAAGAAUGACAUUGUUUACUGUUGUGUGCGCCCGGCAUGUGUGAGCAUGUACCUACCUGUGUGGAAGGUGAUCAGUAAUUAUUCGAUAAAUGAGUGGAUGGUGAAACUCACUCUGAGGAGUUUCAUGUAAUCACCCAUGACACUGACUGCAAUUUCUGAAAGAGAAAUAGGAGCCCGGUGCUGUGGAAAACUGGAGGGAAUCACCCUGGGGGAGUCAGAGAAGGCUUCACAGAGGAGGUGACAUUGAAGCUGGGCCUGGAAGGUGAUGAGUUGUCUGGUUGGGAAUAAACAAGGAGAGGAAGUUCCAGGCAGAGGUGUCAGACAUGCAUGAGGUGUUCGGAGAGCGAUGGGUCAUUGGUUUGUUUUCACUGGCAUCUGAUGUGCAUUGAGGGGGGAAAGGUGGGAGAGAGACUGGAAAGGGACUUUGAGGCUAGACCUGCAGCUCAUGGACACUAUAGUCUGUCUCCAGAUAGCCUGGAUUGGGAUUACAGGCAUCUGUUGGUGACUCCCAUGGAAACAGAGGCUAGGGUGGGUCCCGUGAACCAUGAGUGUUGUUCCAUUCCUCACUCAGCAUACCUCUACCAAACAGAUUAAACUCAUUCAACAAACAUUUAUGGAGUGCAGACUUUGUGUCUGACACCCUGCUAGGUGCUGAGUUUAAGGCAAUGAACAAGGCAGAUGUGGAUGUGGUCCACAGAUUGCCUAGAGACACUUAGAGCAGAGUGGGAGCGGUGCUGUGCCAAAGAGCUGCUGCUGCUGGGGAGCCUCCUAAUCUGGCCUGGAGUCCGAGAAGGCGUCCUGCUUCAAGCAGCAUCAUCUCGCCUGGAUUAUUGCAAUAGCCUCUAAAUGGUCUCUUUGCUUCUGUCCUCAUCCCAUUACAGUCCAUUCGCAAGACAGCCGAGUGAUCCUUUAAAGAUAUAAAUCAGAUCGUGUCAUUCUACUCAAAAACCCUCCAUAGCUCCCGCCAGCCUCAGUAAAAGUCAGAGUUCUCACUGGCCUACCAAACCCUGUACCACUGGGGCCCCCGCACCUCUAAAUUCAUCUGCUCCUUCUCUCUUCCUUGGGCAUUUGGCUCUAGUCACAGUGGCCUCUUUGCUAUUCCUUGAAAAAGGCAGGGAUGUUCCUGCCUCAGGCUUUGCACUUGCUCUUCCCCCAGAUAUCUGCAUGGCAUGCUCCCUCAUCUUCUUCAUCUUUGCUCAAAUGUCACUUAGAGGGGGCUUCCCUGAUCACCCUAGUCAGGAUUGCAACUCCCAUCCCCAGAUACAUCCAGCCCACUUCCCUGCUUUAUUUCUCUCCCUCGCACCCAUCAUCUUCUGGUAGACUAUAUAGUUUAUUUUGCUUAGAGUCUCCCCCACUAGAAUCUAAGCUCAAUGAAGGCAGGAUUUUUUUAUUUGUUCACUGCUGUAUCCCCAGUGCCAGGAAGAGCACCUGGUCUGCAGUAAGUGCUCGGUGUUUGUUGAAUGGAUGGAGUGGCAUCUAAUCAGACUUGAGGGUGAAUCAGUCAGGUGAAGAACUGGAGGACGAGCAUGCUAGUCAGAGGAAACAGGAUGUGCACUAGACGAGAAAACACAUCUUCGGGAGGAAGUGAAAGAAGCCGAGUGGGGCUAGAGGUUAGAAUACAAGGAAUGGGGUGGGCAGACCUAGGAUUUAGAGGGGGUGACCUGGUCACUCUGGCUGCUGUGGACUGGGGGGAUACUGGCUAUGUGCAGAGACCCUGAGACGGUCCCUGCUUUCUUGUUGAGCUCAGAGUGGGGGAUCAGUGAUGGCCCAUGGACAAGAGCUUGGGCUUUCGAACUGGGCUGUCCUGCUGCUACCAUAUUCCUGGGAUACCUAAGGCAGCUGUUUUGUUUUUGUUUUUCAUUCAAUAAGUGUGUUGGUUCAGGUCUUCUAAGAAGCAGACAGUAGGAUGAGAUUAGACAUGCAAGAAAUUUAUUGGAGGCAAUGCCUGUGGAGCUUAAAAGGGAGAGGAGCUGGAGAAGUCAGGGAGAGCCUUCGGACAGCCAUGCGAGCCCGGCCCCUGUGAAGGAGGUUUGGGCGGGAGGUCUCGGACUGCAGUGCAGUUCCACAAAGGGUUCGGCCAGGCCAGGCUGAUAGGGCAUCCUCCAGGCAAAGUUGCCUAUUAGAGGAGGCCCAGGUCUCACUCAGUCAUUGGGGGCAGCCUGGAAAGUGUGGCAUCCACCAGCUGAGGGCAUCCACUGAUUAUGUUCCACCCCAGCAGAUCUGAUCAGCUCAGUUUCACAGCUGCCAUGAUAAGUCACACGUGUAUAUGGUAAAAAAUUAAAACGGUACAACGGUACAGUGAAAAGUCUCUCUCCUACCUUAAAUGUCCGGUCGUCCAGUUCUGCUCCCUGGGAAGUGUUGGGAUCCUGGUAGCUAAUGUCAGAAGAAAGUGACUCGCUGAGAACCAGCCCUUCUGCGGCCUCACUUUCCGAAAAUGAGCUGCCAGCACGGCCCGAGCCUCCUGGCUACGUGUGCUCGCUGUCAGAAGAACUGGUCAUGAAAGCCAGGGAAGAGCUGCAGGAGAAGCCGGAAUGGAGACUUCGAGACGUCCAGGCCCUCCGUGACAUGGUGCGGAAGGAGUGCCCAAACCUGAGCACCUCUCUCGAUGAUGCCUUCCUGCUGCGCUUCCUCCGAGCCCGCAAGUUUGAUUACGACCGGGCCCUGCAGCUCCUGAUCAACUACCACAGCUGCCGGAGGAGCUGGCCCGAAGUCUUCGAUAACCUGAAGCCGUCAGCCUUAAAAGAUGUCCUUGCUUCCGGAUUCCUCACUGUGCUGCCCCACACCGACCCCCGGGGCUGCCACAUCCUUUGCCUCCGCCCAGACAGAUGGAUACCGAGCAACUAUCCAAUUACCGAAAACAUCCGAGCCAUAUACUUGACGUUAGAGAAACUCAUUCAGUCUGAAGAAACCCAGGAUGGUUUCCCCAUUCGGAUAAAAGCAGUCCAUGUAGUGAAUGAACCUCGAAUAUUUAAAGGCAUUUUUGCCAUCAUAAAACCAUUUCUGAAGGAGAAAAUAGCAAACAGGUUUUUCCUCCAUGGGUCUGACCUGAACUCUCUCCACACAAACCUUCCAAGAAGCAUUCUCCCCAAGGAGUACGGGGGCACGGCUGGAGAGCUGGACAUCGCUGCCUGGAACACGGUGCUGCUGGCCUCGGAGGAGGACUUUGUGAGAGAGUUCUGCCAACCCGAUCCCGCCUGCGACAACAUCCUGGGCGGGGCCCUGCUGCCCGAGGGGCUGACCUCAGAUGCGCAGUGUGAUGACUCCAUGCGGGCUGUGAAAUCACAGCUGUACUCCUGCUAUUAGCCAGGCCCCUGGGAGUCUCACCAUCUUUAGAUCCUUUUUUCUCUGGAGAGGCACAAGGAGAAUUUGAAGUGCCAUGGAUUCAGUCUUGCUCCUUGUAAUUAAACUGCAGCAUGGAGGAAAAGCCUGUAGAGCUUUGAGGGUGAGCCAUGGGGUAAGCCCUUGGUUACUUGAAUUACUCUGUGUAAGACAUGGAAAAUGUUCCCUAGUGAUUCCCAAACGUUUGGAAUCCCAGUUCGCAACCAUUAAUCUGGAAGCCGUCUCUGGUUCUUACACAUCUCAAAACAAGAAAAAUCAGGACCAAAGUCACUUUGAUCCUACAUCCCAGGAGAAAACAACCUGGUUGGCCAGGCAGCAUACUCCCAUGAAAGAGUCUGGCCGAGCCUGUAAGGUGGCCACAUGUGAGACUUGGGUAGUUUGUUGCCUUUCACAUGAACCCUAACUGCAGACCUCUGUUGCUCAUCAGGAAGCUUCAAGUUUGAGUUCCAGGUCCCAGUUGCCAUCAUCACUGGGUUUGAAAAGCACUUUAACUGAAUCAUACAAGCAUCGAGACAGAAGCAGCACUUUCAGAUCAAAUUCGGGAGCCAGAGACUUCAAGCACCUCUGGGAUUCAUUGGUUGAAUCUUGCAAUAGAAACAAGCUUUCCCAAACCCAUAAGCCUUAGCCCUGGUUCUCAAUAGAAUCAGACGGGGCCCUAGAAGUAUGUAAUUUUACUCACCCUAAAAUAGUGGAAGCCAGGCCUGUGUAGCUAAAAGAAUUCUGGCCUAAGAAUUAAGAGACCUGGGCUCCAGCCUCAGAUGUGUGACUGUGGACAAGGCAUGGGCCUCUGCGGGCCUCAGCUUUCUCAUCUGUAAAAUGAGGCCUAGGGCCCUUCUGGCUGCUGAGGUUCUGAGAUUCGGUUUAGUUAUUGAAUGUUAGACAUCGGUUUUCUGCCUAGCAAUAUGACUCUAGAUGCAAGUGGUUGGAUCCUGUUUUUUGUGGUACACUUGGGCCUUUCCAAGAGGGAUGUGUCACCGUUCAGCCCUGCCUUUAAAGAAACUAGUAUGUAUCCUGGGACUCAGAGAUACCAAUCCCUUUUCAUAGCAAGGGCUAAACUUGAAAAGGAGGAGGGCAGGUGAGAUGACCAGGAUCUUGUCUGAAUUCCUUCCAUCCCUGAGACUCUGGUGGUGUAUUGUAACACUGGAAAUGGGGAAUGGUUAAAUUACGUGGGAUCUUAAAUUUUGGUCUCUGGAAAUGAAAGCAAGGGCAGGUUAUUGCUGGGUCAUUUCUGGGGCCCCGCCCUCCCAAACCCACUUGAGUUUCUCUCUGUGUGGGUGAACAGACCAGUCUCUCCAGCCAGACUGAAUGUUAGUUCUGCAUUUCAGCACUUUAGACCCUUCCUGUCAAGAAUUUAGCCUUAGCCCAAGCAUCAAAUUAGGUGGUUCAUCUGGUGGCUUUUGACCUGUUUCCUCUCAUAUUCAUUCCAUGCAAAUUAUGGUGUUAAAAAGUGACAAGUACCAUGUGUUGUGUGUGUUCCUUCUCUGUGCAUUUAUUAGACCACCAGGCAAGGUGGACAGCUCAGUUAGGAAGAGAGCAGUGCUCUGAAAUGCAAAGGCCAGCCUGUUGUUACUAAGCUGCUCAUCUUUACAGCACUUUUUUAAAUGUCUGGAGAAGUUGGUGGUGGGAAUCACUUACCUCAUUAGUGCCAAUUCUGAGGAAAGCUCUUUUCACCAGAGAUGCUAAC